GUGACGAUCGAACAGACGCAACUUUGGAAGCAAGAUGGCUCGUACUAAGCAGACUGCUCGUAAAUCCACCGGUGGAAAAGCCCCUCGCAAACAAUUGGCGACCAAGGCAGCUCGCAAGAGCGCGCCUGCUACCGGUGGCGUGAAGAAACCUCAUCGUUACAGGCCUGGAACGGUAGCUCUCCGUGAGAUCCGUCGUUACCAGAAGAGCACGGAACUGUUGAUCCGCAAGCUACCCUUCCAACGUCUCGUUCGUGAGAUCGCUCAGGACUUCAAGACCGAUCUUCGUUUCCAAAGUUCUGCCGUGAUGGCCCUUCAGGAAGCCAGCGAGGCCUAUCUCGUCGGCUUGUUUGAAGACACCAACCUUUGCGCCAUUCACGCUAAGCGAGUCACUAUUAUGCCCAAAGACAUCCAGCUCGCACGUCGUAUUCGUGGAGAGCGUGCUUAAUUUAAUUACUUUCAAUCGGCCCUUUUCAGGGCCACCAAUUCAUAUUCGAUGGAUAUCUGAGAUUCG